AUGUCUAGUCCCGUCCUCACUCCGCCGCCCAGCGCGCCCAUCGACACCAGCUCCAUCACGCCCAGUACAUUCUGCAUAGUCACCGUGAUCAGCCCAACCCACACUCCGUCGUCCAGCGUGCCCACUACCACCAUCCUCACCAUCACCGGAGCUGAUACUGACACAGCCAACAUCUCACAUCUACACUACCCCCGUACAUUCACCCCACGCAUCGGCCAGGUCGGUCACCUGCGAAUCCACUGCACAGAGACUGGCGAACCAACCUGCACUCGCCACAUCCGCCUCCACUGUCCGCACUGCAGUCGCACAUUUAUUCACCUCAUGGGUCCAUUAGGCCACUUGCGCGUCCACGAAAACCUGCGGUAG